AUGUCUCUUGAACCCAUAGCACCUUUCAGCUGGUUUGGUAUCAAAGUGUGCUCCAUCAAACUGGUUGCUGCCUUGCGGCUUUGCACUGUCUUGAGACAGGUCUGGGAAGAUUUAUAUGCCAAGCAUCAGCGCCGUACUGGCGAUAAACCCGCGUCUGUGGAGGAGAGGUCCUUCCUAAGAGACGCAUGUACCUCACUCACAAUCAAGUUUGGAGGAGAGGCCAUCAUAGGCCCUCUGCUCGGUGUUCCCCCAUCUUUUGUGCUCUCAGGUGUUUCCCCUGGUGUGUACAUCCCUGUGAUACCAUCCACAUCACUCAGCACCGAGCUUCCGUUGUCUAUUGUUGAUGGAUUCACGCGCGCAUUACUUCUCUGCGGUCUCACAUCUUUAUCACGAUACCUUGAGCAAUUCUCUGAUUAUACUUCACAGGGAGUAAAGUUUGAACCCAGCUCCUUUAAGCUAACCCCCAAAUGGUCGUUUUAA